CGCACCCGAUUCGACAUGGGCCAUUGACAGAAAGGAAUUUUCUUCUUGCAUGUGCCCCCAUGGCGGCUGACGUUGUCGCCCAUCUUCAUUGAUCAGUGACGCAAGUAUUAAUUGCAGUGGUUUGCAGCUCAUCUACUUCACCCACCAUAUCAAACUCUCUCGUCUCUCAGCAGUCAAUUCAGUCGCACGGCAUCCGUUUCUCGCCCCCUAACUCUGCACUCGCUUGCCUAACCCUAACCCCUUCCUCUGUUUUCUCGCCCUCGUUCUCUGUUGGUGCAACCUUAACCAACAUCACCGAAACCCUCGAGAAUCGUUCAAGCUUCGCAUAUAAAUGCCUCCCCCGAUCAGAGCCCCCUAGAUCCGCUCCCUCUUACUCUGAGCUUCGACAAAUGGAGCUCUGUUUCUUGGAUAAGCUAAAGAGCCAGCCUUCAUGGGUCAUCUUGCUCUUCACUCUCGGUUCAAUCUCGAUUUUCAAGUUCUCGCUCAUUUUUCUCAACUGGGUCUACGUCAACUUCCUCAGGCCCGCCAAGAAUCUGAAGAAGUACGGCUCGUGGGCGCUUAUCACCGGGCCCACCGACGGCAUCGGCAAGGGAUUCGCUUUCCAGCUUGCUCGGAAGGGGAUUAAUCUGGUCCUCGUCGGCCGGAACCCCGAUAAGCUGAAGGAAGUCUCCGACGCGAUCCUGGCCAAGUACGGGAAGGUGCAGAUCAAGACGGUGGUCGUCGAUUUCGCCGGGGACCUCGACGCGGGCGUGGGGAGGAUCAGCGAGACUAUCGAGGGGUUGGACGUGGGGGUCCUGAUCAACAAUGUUGGUAUGUCAUAUCCGUACGCGAGGUUCUUCCACGAGUUGGACGAGGAGCUGCUGAAAAACUUGAUUAAGGUCAAUGUGGAAGGGACCACCAAGGUCACUCAGGCUGUAUUGGCUGGUAUGAUCAAGAGGAAGAAGGGAGCUAUUGUCAAUAUUGGAUCGGGGGCUGCGAUUGUGAUCCCUUCAGAUCCACUCUACGCAGUUUAUGCUGCCACGAAAGCGUACAUUGAUCAGUUCUCCAGGUGUCUCUACGUUGAAUAUAAGAAGAACGGCAUCGACGUGCAAUGUCAGGUUCCACUGUACGUGGCCACCAAGAUGGCGUCAAUCAGGCGGUCGUCUUUCUUCGUACCGUCAGCUGAAGGCUAUGCUCGGGCAGCUCUGCGGUGGAUUGGCCAUGAACCUCGAUGCACCCCCUACUGGCCCCAUUCCCUCCUCUGGGGUCUUGCUCGCUCGUUACCAGAGUCCAUGAUCGAUUCGUGGCGGCUGCGAUUUUGCCUCGCCAUUAGGAAGAGGGGUCAGCUCAAGGACUCGAGGAAGAAGGAAUAGUAUGGGAAUCCCUGGACUCCAUGGCACGCAUGCGGUUAUGACUAGAGCUGUGCUUGUUCUAUCUUUGAGAUUUUCUUCUUUCCAAAGUGUAUGCUCUUCGAAAUUCAUGCUUUAUAUGCUUGUUUUGUGUUGGUACGCUUUGAUGGUUUAAAGUAGUCAAAUACAUUAUUCUUGACAUUA